AGAUAGUACGGCAUUUUAUGCUUUCCUUUCGCGUGAUGUGAGCGGUUCUCGAAUUAUCUUUUACAACGAAACGCUAGACACGCAUGAUGCUUACUCCACGUAUACCGGGACGUUUGUGGCGCCUCGUUCUGGUCUGUACGUUUUUAUGAUGUCAGGACUUAUCUAUGGAAGUUACGAAUUCAGUUGCAAGUUUGUAUUCAGUAACGGUAAUUCUCAGCCAGAAGUUUGGGUAGACUCGACCAACGGUAGGUACGAUAGCAGUAGUUACAUGACAUUUGCCUGGAUGAACUCUGGCGACUACGUGUAUAUCGGCGCCCAGAGGAUGAAUGCCACGUCCAUGUUUGCAGGAUGGCUGCUGAUGGAUGAUACAAACGUGUCAAAAUCAAAUUUUCCAGCUUUUCUCGCUCAUAUAAGUGGUGACAGGUUCAGUACUCCAGUUGUUUAUGAUACAGCUCACGGUGGUUAUCACCAUGGGUACUCAACAAGCACCGGAGUAUUCACUGCUGAUCGUGAUGGGCUUUAUUUGUUUCUGUAUAAUACUGAAGGUUUUAACGAGGUUGUACGUACUGCGCUGAGAGUAAACGGACUGGAAAUUUUCGAAUCGAGGUCGGACGGACGUCGCACUGAAUAUGACCACACCUGUGCUGUCACUGUUCUUAAUCUAUCUUCAAACGAUCGUGUCACUAUAGUUGUUAAAUCUGGGACAGUUGAUGGGGGGCAGUCGCUGUUUUUUGGCAUACUUCUUUUUGAAAACUGAUUUUUUGGCAUUGAUUUUAUUUUAUAUUGAAUAAAAUUUAAGAUGGAAACAUAAUAUCAUGAAGCUUAUAUAAGCCAUUCCAUAUCUGUAAUUAUAUGCAUAUAUCAUUAUUUCAAUCAUUGAGAGGAAUCUCCUUGAUCUGAUUUUUUCUCGUGACACUCCUGUCCUGAAAAAUAAUAGUCAUAGGAAUAAUGAGUUUGAACAACUGAAUUAAGAGGUCAAUGGUCCACAAUAUUCGCAUUAUGACUCUGUGCAAUUUCUGAGGAAGAUUUCAUAUUAAAAUGACUAUACACUUUCACUAUUCUUUAAUCUUUACAACGGCAACACCGCCGAUGACAUCACAUAGAAAAGAUUUCCGUCAGAAAAAUAGCUCUAACUAGCCUCAGAAAAAAAGUUUUAAUGAGCUCUUGGAUUAGGUGAGCUUAAAGUCAUUUAUAUAUUUGGCGUGUUUCAAGGUCAUUUGAUACUAAACUAAAGAAAGUGAAAGUAUAAUGUACUUACAAAAUGUAAUGACCUCAACAAAUACACAGCUCUUAAACAACCAUGAAGAAUA